CCGCCUCCGUUCCCCGUCGUGUCUGCCUGUCCGUCGCCGACAUGCGGAUGCGCCGACACGCCGGCCAUGCCAGACGGGCUGGAGAUUGACCACCAGAACCCGCUCAAGGGCGUCAUGGCUGGGUAUUCGGAGCAUGUGGUGGUGUGUACGGGCAAGGACGACUGGUUGUCCAAGAUUGAGGAUGAGAAUAGUGGUGAUAAUCUGGCGGCGGACUUGAAGGAGCUUUUUGGACGAGGGGGGAAGUAUACGGAUCCGUUUCACCACAUUUCUGUCAUCAACUCUUCGUUUCCGAGCUCGGUACCUCCUCGAAAGGCAAUCCAGUCGACGUCGGCCUACCUGUUACCGUCCUUCAAAUACGUCCCUUUCCUACCGCGCGUGUCAUUCGACAGCGUCAAGGCCCUCGCAAAGGGCUUUUUAUUACCGGAAAAGCUGCACAGCGCCCACGACGGACUGUCCCCCGUUCACCGCGAUCGACUGACGCGAAAAGAGGCAUUUCAGGGCCUGUUGCCCGGCGUGCAGGACGUCAAGGACGUGCUGGUGCUGAUAUGCGGCCACGGAGGACGAGAUUUACGAUGCGGCACAAUGGGACCUGUGCUGAGGACAGAAUUCGAAGAGAAGCUUGAGAUGGAAGGGUUCCACGUUGCCAGGGAGGCGGUCCAGGUUGGGAGUCUGGAUGGCGAGGAGGUCAGGAGGAUAGAAGGGAGCAGCAGCCCGGAGAAGAAAGUGGCGAGAGUUGGACUGAUUAGCCAUAUCGGAGGACACAAGUUUGCUGGCAACGUGAUCAUCUACGUCCCGCCCGGAUUUACGAAUGACAAGGGCGAGAAGCACGCUUUGGCGGGAUGUGGGAUUUGGUACGGGAGGGUAGAGCCGAAACAUGUGGAGGGACUUGUGCGGGAGACGGUGAUGGAGGGACGAGUGGUGGAGGACAAGUUUCGGGGAGGGAUUGAUGCACAGAGGCGGAUAUUGAGGUUGUAGAAUGAUGGUUUACGACGGGGGGUGAGACAGAAUGAGAGUAUCAGCUGGAUUAUAGGAUACGCAUUUUUAGUGAGACAAAAUACCUACAGGUUAGAUAGAUUAUGACCACAUUUUAGAGCAUGACCAGCUGAACAAGAGACAAAGUGACGGAGCUG